AUGUAUUUGUUGGCACUUUCAACGAAACGUAAUUAUGUUCGCAGUGUAGAUAGUGCAGAACAGAAGCCACUUAUUCUGAAUGAUAUAAUGGAUAGUUUGCAAAGCUUAACAGCUACAGUUGUCGAGGAGUUAUCACUUGAUCGUGGAACAAUCACUGAAUAUGUGAACUGCUUGAAAUUAAUAAUGAAAGAGCAGUCAGUGUAUGAUUUUAAAGAAGAGUUUCAGAGCAUAAUAUCCGACAUAAAUUCAUUUGAUAUAAGGGUGUCCGAAUCUUCCAUUCUACAAACGUGCCUCAACACAGAAAUGACCAAUUAUAAAGAAAUUUCCCGCUUAUUUAGAUUGGUUGAAAAGAAAUACAAAAUUGUAAUUAAUUACAAUAAAAUUUAUUUAUUCGUCGAAACACAAAAGUGUGAAUCUCUAGAUGAUGGUCGAAAGUUGUCGAAGUCACGUUUCAAAAUGAUGAUGAUAAUCAUUGUGAAUUAUUUGGUUAAUUUUGUUUGGAAAUCCUCACGAUAA